GAGGAAAAAGAGGAAGUGAAGGCAGUUGAAGAAGUCGCAGACACUUCAAAGAAUAAGAAGAAGAAAAAGAAGAGUGGAAGGUCUGCACAAGAAGAGGACGAUUUGGAUAAGAUUCUUGCGGAACUUGGAGAAGGGCCAUCAGUUCCAAAACCUUCUGCACUGCCUCCUGUGGAGGAGAAAGCUCAGGUUCAAUCUGAACCAGUUGCCGAGACAGUUGGCAAAGAGGUGAAGGAUGGAGAAGUGGAAAAGGAAGAGUCUGCUGCAGCCAAGAAGAAGAAAAAGAAGAAGGAGAAAGAGAAAGAAAAGAAGGCAGCGGCUGCUGCUUCUGUUUCAGAGGUUAAGGAAGAAAAGGUAGAGGAGGUAAAGGGUGUUACAAAUGAACCUAAGAAGGGUGAUGCCAAGGGCAAAGCAGCAGAUAAGAAGCUCCCAAAGCAUGUCAGGGAGAUGCAAGAAGCUCUUGCUAGGAGGAAAGAACUUGAAGAAAAAAAGGCCAGGGAAGAGGAAGAGAAGAGGAGGAAGGAAGAGGAGGAAAGGCUCAGGCAAGAAGAACUUGAAAGACAAGCGGAGGAGGCUAAGCGUAGGAAGAAGGAAAGGGAAAAAGAGAAACUCCUGAAGAAGAAGCAGGAGGGAAAACUGUUGACUGGGAAACAGAAGGAGCAACAGCGGCGGUUGGAGGCAAUGAGAAACCAAAUUCUCGCUAGUAAUGCUAAUCUUGGCCUGCCUUCAGGGGACAAAGAAGCAGCACCAGCGAAGAGACCAAUUUACAAAACUAAGAAAACAAAACCAGCUCACAAGCAUGAAAAUGGUGCAGCAUCUGUUAAUCCCGAGCAAGACAGUGAAAUAAAAGGUAAGGAAGAAGACGAGCAAGAGUUGGUAGAUGCAGGAUCUGUCGAAGAAAAGGUCAAGGAUGUGGAAACAGAAAAGGUGGAAGAGAAAGUGGCAGUUGCUGAAGGAACCAAAGAAAAUGGAGUGGAGGAGGAGGACGAUGAUGAUGAAGAAUGGGAUGCAAAGAGCUGGGAUGAUGUCAGCCUCAAUGUGAAAGGUGCUUUUGAUGAUGAGGAGGUUGAUCCUGACCCUGAACCUACUGUGAAGAAAGGUGAUAAGCUUGUCAUACCUGCUGCUCGCAGUGCAGCUUCCGCUCCACUUGCGGCCAAAACUCCUGCUUCCUCACAAGUGAGCAAAGUUCAGGAUGUUCAAAGUAGAAAAAGUAAGCCCCUUACAGAACAAGGUGGGAAGAAACGCUCUGCUGUUGCCAAAACUGGAGCCCCAGCUUCGGAUGUCGCCAGUAAAGAGCCGGAAGAAGACCUCAGAUCACCAAUUUGUUGUAUUAUGGGUCAUGUUGAUACUGGUAAGACCAAGCUCCUGGAUUGUAUCAGAGGCACCAAUGUGCAAGAAGGCGAGGCUGGGGGUAUCACACAACAAAUUGGUGCAACAUACUUUCCUGCUGAGAACAUAAGAGAGAGAACUAGGGAAUUGAAGGCUGAUGCAAAAUUGAAGGUUCCAGGUUUGUUGGUUAUCGAUACCCCUGGUCAUGAAUCUUUCACCAAUCUUCGUUCACGAGGCUCCGGGCUAUGCGAUAUUGCCAUUUUAGUUGUUGACAUCAUGCAUGGCUUAGAGCCACAAACAAUAGAGUCACUCAAUCUCUUGAGAAUGAGGAACACAGAAUUCAUCGUGGCCUUGAAUAAGGUGGACAGACUCUAUGGGUGGAAAGUAUGCCGAAAUGCACCAAUUGUCAAAGCAAUGAAGCUACAAUCAAAAGAUGUCCAAAAUGAGUUCAAUAUGAGGCUUGCACAGAUCAGUACUCAGUUACAGGAACAGGGACUAAAUACUGCAUUGUACUAUAAGAACAAGGAGAUGGGAGAGACUUAUAGUAUUGUACCAACAAGUGCUAUUAGUGGAGAAGGCAUUCCUGAUUUACUGCUCCUGUUAGUUCAAUGGACUCAAAAGACUAUGGUAGAGAAACUCACGUUCAGCAAUGAAAUACAGUGUACUGUCCUGGAGGUCAAGAUCUUGAAAUUCCAGGGACCAAUUGUCACCUCCAUUAGAGCUCUCUUAACACCUCAUCCAAUGAAGGAACUCCGUGUUAAGGGCACAUAUUUACACCACAAGGAAAUCAAGGCUGCACAGGGUAUCAAAAUCACUGGUCAGGGCCUAGAUCAUGCUAUUGCUGGAACUGCUCUGUAUGUGGUAGGGCCUGAUGAUGAUGUGGAAGAUGUCAAGGAGGCAGCGAUGGAAGACAUGAAGUCUGUCAUGAGCCGCAUUGAUAAAAGUGGUGAGGGUGUUUAUGUACAGGCUUCUACCCUUGGAUCGUUGGAAGCUCUGCUGGAGUUCUUGAAGUCUCCUGCAGUGAAGAUCCCUGUUAGUGGCAUAGGGAUAGGCCCUGUGCACAAAAAGGAUGUCAUGAAGGCCAGUGUCAUGCUGGAAAAGAAAAAGGAGUAUGCUACCAUUUUGGCGUUUGAUGUCAAAGUCACUCCUGAGGCCCGGGAACUUGCAGAUGACGCGGGUGUAAAGAUCUUCAUUGCUGAUAUCAUUUACCACUUGUUCGAUCAAUUCAAGGCUUAUAUCGACAAUCUGAAAGAGGAAAAGAAGAAGGAAGCAGCCGAUGAGGCAGUUUUCCCUUGUGUUCUCAAGAUUAUGCCGAACUGCGUUUUUAACAAGAAAGAUCCAAUUGUUUUGGGAGUUGACAUUGUCGAAGGAAUCGCUAAGGUUGGCACUCCUAUAUGUAUUCCUUCCCAAGAUUUUAUUGACAUCGGUAGGAUUGCUUCCAUUGAGAAUAACCAUAAACCUGUUGAUACGGCUAAGAAAGGGCAGAAGGUGGCCAUUAAGAUAAUUGGCUCAAAUUCAGAGGAACAACAGAAAAUGUACGGCAGACACUUUGACAUCGAUGAUGAACUUGUCAGCCACAUUUCAAGGAGUUCCAUCGAUAUUCUGAAAGAAAAUUACCGGGAUGAUCUGUCUAUUGACGAAUGGAAGUUGGUUGUGAAGCUGAAAAGUAUUUUCAAGAUACAGUGAGGAGUUGGAACUUGGAACAAUUACUCACAGAGGGGCUGGAUGAUGCUCCCAAUUGGGAAAGUAGUUUGACUGGUGAUACGUUUUGCAAAUUUAAGCUCCGAAGGACGAUGAGAGUAAAGGUGGGUUUUACUGCAGAUUCUAAGCAGCCUUUGUGAGAAGUCACCUCUCUUCCUGGCCACCAGUUGGUUACUACAAUUGCGGGAGCAUUUCUCGAUCAUGAUUGAGCGAUUCACUCAUCUGGUUUCCUUUUCUAAAGUGCUGGUUGUGGCCGGCUGGCCGGCCUAGUGUUGUUGAACACUGAACAGAGAGCCCAGUAUGCAAUGAUUCACCAAGGUUAGCUGUCAGACGGGACACAACAAAAAAGCAGCAGUUUUUUUUUUACCUCUAGCUAAUGAGGUUGCGAUUUCCUUUGAGACUUUAUUG